GCCCGCUUUCACCCGACUCUCGGGGUCUAUGUGGUGACUUUGCGCCUCUUGCCCCCACCACGCUCAUCAGCCCUGUGUGUCCCUUAAAACGGAAGCUGUUUGCCACUUACUUCCUCGUCUCUCUUCCUUGCUGUCUGAUUCUACAAGGCAGAUGACGUUUCACCAUCUACCAUAAUGCGGAACAGCUAUUUUGCCUUCUGCCUUCUGCUUUUGCCAGCUUUUCUGAAUCAAACAGUGUAUGGACAAAGAAAGAAAGGACCAAAACCGAAUCCACUUGCAAGGAAAAAUGACUUCUGGGCCUCUGUUUGCUUCAUAGACAUUGUCUUCAUUGUGGACAGCUCUGAAAGUUCCAAAAUUGUCUUCUUUGAUAAACAGAAAGAUUUUGUGGAGCGCUUGAGUGACAAGAUUUUCCAGGUGACUCCAAGUCACUCCUUGAAAUAUGACAUCAGACUGGCAGCCCUUCAGUUUAGCAGCUAUGUCCAAAUUGACCCACCUUUUUCUUCCUGGAAAGACCUGAAGACAUUUAAGCAGAGGGCCAAGUCUAUGAUUUUGAUUGGGCAAGGCACCUUUUCUUACUAUGCCAUCUCCAAUGCUACCAGGCUAUUUAAGAGGGAAGGGCGCAAUGGUGUGAAAGUGGCUUUGCUGAUGACUGAUGGCAUCGACCAUCCAAAGAAUCCAGAUGUUAAAAGUAUUUCUGAGGCUGCCAGAAUUUCAGGGAUAUCAUUUAUCACCAUCGGACUUUCCACUAAUGUCGAAGAAGCCAAACUUCGUUUGAUAUCUGGAGAUUCAUCCAGUGAACCCAUUCUACUCUUGAGUGACCCAACCCUUGUGGAUAAAAUUUGGGAUCGCCUGGAUAUCCUAUUUGAAAAGAAGUGUGAGCACCAGAUGUGUGAGUGCGAGAAGGGGGACCCAGGCGAGCCAGGCUCUCCUGGUACACAUGGAAACCCAGGUAUCAAAGGUGAGCGAGGACCAAAAGGAAACCCGGGUGAUGCUCAAAAAGGUGAAACUGGAGAGCAAGGGCCACAGGGAAUUCCUGGGUACAAAGGUGACAAGGGUGAACGUGGAGAAUGUGGUAAACCAGGAAUAAAAGGUGACAAAGGAUCUCCAGGACCACAUGGACUGAAGGGACCAAGAGGACUUCAGGGCAUUAGUGGACCUCCAGGGGACCCAGGCCCAAAGGGAUUUCAAGGCAAUAAGGGUGAGCCAGGACCUCCUGGUCCUUAUGGUCCUCCAGGAGCCCCUGGAAUUGGACAGCAAGGUAUUAAGGGAGAAAGAGGUCAAGAAGGAAGAACAGGAGCUCCUGGAGCAAUGGGAGUUGGUGAACCUGGGCAGCCAGGUCCCCGUGGUCCUGAGGGAGCUCCAGGAGAGAGGGGCUUACCUGGAGAAGGAUUUCCAGGACCAAAGGGUGAAAAGGGUUCUGAAGGACCAAUCGGCCCACCUGGAUUACAAGGCCUGUCAAUCAAAGGGGACAAGGGAGACUUGGGACCUGUGGGACCCCAAGGACAGAUGGGCAUCCCUGGAGUUGGAAGUCAAGGGGAACAGGGAAUUCAAGGUCCUAUUGGUCCACCAGGUCCACAAGGGCCCCCAGGACAAGGCUCACCUGGUCCCAAGGGAGAAAUAGGCCAGAUGGGGCCUACAGGCCCUAGAGGACCAAUAGGAAUUGGAGUACAAGGUCCAAAGGGGGAGCCAGGCUCGAUAGGGUUGCCAGGACAACCCGGAGUACCAGGAGAAGAUGGAGCUGCAGGGAAGAAGGGAGAAGCAGGGCUUCCAGGAACCAGAGGCCCAGAAGGACCACCUGGGAAAGGACAACCUGGCUCCAAGGGCGAUGAAGGGAAGAAAGGGAGCAAAGGAAACCCAGGACAGAGGGGAUUUCCAGGGCCAGAGGGGCCGAAGGGUGAGCCAGGCAUCAUGGGUCCUUUUGGGAUGCCUGGAGCAUCAAUUCCUGGACCACCUGGACCCAAGGGCGAUAGGGGAGGACCAGGGCUGCCUGGAUUUAAAGGAGAACCUGGACUUUCUAUCCGAGGACCAAAGGGUGCUCAAGGCCCUCAGGGACCAGUGGGUGCUCCAGGACUCAAAGGAGAUGGCUAUCCUGGUGUGGCAGGACCCCGAGGAUUACCAGGACCCCCAGGACCAAUGGGUUUACGAGGAGUGGGCGAUACUGGAGCAAAGGGAGAGCCUGGGGUCAGAGGCCCUCCCGGCCCCUCAGGGCCUCGGGGCAUAGGAAUCCAAGGGCCAAAGGGUGACAUUGGGCAGAAAGGCUUGCCUGGUCCCCCAGGACCCCCUGGCUAUGGAUCCCAAGGAAUUAAAGGAGAACAGGGACCUCAAGGCCUUCCAGGGCCAAAAGGCACAAUGGGCCUUGGUCUCCCAGGCCAGAAGGGAGAGCAUGGAGAACGGGGCGACGUGGGAAGGAAAGGUGACAAAGGGGAAAUUGGAGAGCCCGGAUCUCCAGGAAGGCAGGGGUUACAAGGACCCAAAGGAGACCCAGGACUUACAAGAGAAGAAAUCAUCAAACUUAUUGUUGAAAUAUGCGGUUGUGGACCCAAAUGCCAGGAGCCCCCCGUAGAGCUGGUGUUUGUGAUUGAUAGCUCAGAAAGUGUGGGGCCAAAGAACUUCCAGAUCAUCAAAAAUUUUGUGAAGACUCUGGCUGACCGGGUUGCCGUAGACUUUGCCACAGCCCGCAUCGGCAUAAUCAACUAUAGCCAUCAGGUGGAGGAGGUGGCCAAUUUGAAGCAUUUCUCCAGCAAGGAUGACUUCAAGCUGGCUGUGGACAACAUGCAGUACCUGGGGGAAGGCACCUACACAGCCUCGGCUCUCCAAGCAGCCAACGACAUGUUCAAGGUUGCAAGGCCAGGCAUACAGAAGGUGGCCUUGGUCGUCACCGAUGGGCAGGCAGAUUCCCGAGAUCCAAAGAACCUGACUGAGGUGGUGGAGGAAGCUCGGAACAUCAGUGUGGAGACAUUCGUACUUGGGGUGGUGAAGAAAAAUGACCCCAACUUUGACAUGUUCUACCGGGUAAUGAUUUCGAUUGCUACUGACCAGAAACAUGUCUAUCUGUUUGACGACUUCUUUGACCUGCAAGAAACGCUGAAGCGAAAAUUGUCUCAAAAAAUUUGUGCGAGUAUUGAGUCCUACUUUUUUCAAGUUUUUGGUUCACCUGCUCUUCAGCCUGAACUUGGGAUAUCAGGGGGAAAACUCAGUGAGUCUACUCCGGAGCCAUGGAAGGAGAUUUUGGAGUCGUUCAGUGUCCCUGGAGUUCCGGAUGAGGAGAAGGAAACUUCAGAGCCUACACAGGCAGAUGGUUUGGUUGCCACUACUUCAUUGGAGGCUGCCACCCGCCACGGGCCAUUGCUCAGCCCCACUCUGCAUGGGGCAGAGGCUGUGGAGACCAGAACUCCAAGCCCUACACUGAUUUUACAGCCAGGGAGUCUGGUGCACAAAGAUCCCAGAUGUAGGGAGGCCCUGCAGCCUGGCACCUGUAGGGACUAUGUGGUCCGCUGGUACUACGACGAGCAGGUCAACGCUUGCGCCCGCUUUUGGUUCAGUGGCUGCAACGGCUCUGGAAACAGAUUCAACAGUGAAAAGGAAUGCCAAGAGAUCUGCAUUCGGGAUUGAGCAAGGGAAUCAACUCGUCUCCACCAAGAGCCUGGAAAGAGCCUCUAUAACGUCACAGUACCCACCCAGUACAAAUAAAGCACGGUCUUCCAGCGUGUGCUGAGUAUUUACAGCUCGCGAACACGAGCCAGUCCUCCCAGCAGCCUAGGACGCAGGAUUCUCAGGCACACAUGCGCAAGAGGACCCUGAGACUCUGGGAGGUUUGGUAACCGGACACCCCAAUAACGAUGGCAGAGCUGGGGAUGUGCACUUGGGGCUGUGUAAUUUUGAUGCCCAUCUGCUUCCCAGCAGGCAUUGAGGUUUGGAUGCCUGUGAAUUCCUGUUGCACGGAUUAUCUCAGAUUAAAUCCCCAACCUUGCCCACACCCAUCCCCCUCCCUCCCCCAGCUCUGCGAGUAGGGAAAGGUAGGUGGUGAUGGAAGAUCGCUGGCUGGGACACGAGAAGUGAUGGGAACAGGUUUGUGUAGGCGUGCUGGGCGGGAGUGGGAAUGAGGAAGCUGGCUCCAGUUUUGCCACACAUGCCUUGAAAAUGGUAACAGAAACCAAUCUGAGUUAAAGUUACUUAACACCAACGAUCACAGCCCAUUCCUCUGACAUAUUUUUAUAACAAAGCUUUAUUGGGUGUUUAAACUAUGUAUUUAAACAAAGGAACAUUUCACCUGCUUCCUUUCAGUUUUAUGGGUUAGAAUGAGAAGGCACUUGGCAGGCAUGAUCCACCUGGAGCUCACAUCUAGUCUUUAAAAACAAAAAUGAUUCAUUUGAGAGGGAGAAACACAGAGGCCAGGCCGAAGCCAGGAACUCAAUGCAGGUCUCUCCGGGGGUGGCAGGCAUCCAAGUACUUGAACGAUCACUGCUGCCUCCCGGGGUGCACAGUAGCAGGAAGUGGGCGUCAGAAUCCAGAGCUGGGAGCUGGACCAAGGUGCCCCGAUUCAGCACACAGGUGUCAACCACUAGCCCCACUGCCCACCCUUGUAUCUGCUUUUGAGCAGGGCUUUUCAAAGAUAGGAUUCACACUGAGAAAUGAGCCACCAAACUAAAAUGUAAGUAAUGGAGAGUUAGAAUUGGCUCUGUCGUUUUGCGAAAGUUUUGUGAGGUUGUGUCUGGGGAGACCGUUACUUCUGAGCUGUUUGUGUGGAUUAUCUCACGACACACCUCUUCUCAGACCUGUGACCUUCCUUCCAGUUCAACAGUUCAAAAAAGAGCCAUCACAGCAACACUAAUAUUAGUUUGAGGGACUUAAUUAAUAAUUGACAAAAGAAUACAGGCAACACACUUGUAAGUUACAAACACACCAGUGAGGUGAACACUUGGAGAAUGAACCAAAUAUUCACAAUUCUAUUGAGGCCACCUGGCUGCCCCUCCGCUAUCCCAGCUGCCUGUUCCAUGCCAGGGGUAUUGCAUCUUGAACUUCAGUGUUUACGCUGUCAGUUCACAGUUAGUGUGCUCUGUGUAUCUCUAAACAAUGCCUUUUCAGUCUUGCAGACUUUAGAGCUUUCGCAAAGUGGUGCUAUGUGCCAGCCUGCUGCAAAUAUCAGUCAACGUGAUAAUUGAUCCAUGUGUCUUAUCAUAUAUAAAAUGCAUGCCUAAAUAAUUUAGUGUUUUAAACUUUAGAACAUUUAUAUCAUAAUAUAUAAUUCUCCCAACUUGCCAGUUUAUUAUAAUUCACAUGUUCAUUUACUUUCAGUUAUGUAGUAUCUAUGAGAAUAUAGCACAAUAUAUUUAACCAUUAUCGUCUCUGUGAUCAAUUUCAUUGCUUCUAUUUCAGAUUUUUCACUGUCCCACCAAUGUUGCUGUGAAUGCUUUUAUUUAUAUCGGUGGGUGCAAAUACGCCGGUGUUUUUCUAGGGUAUAGGCUCCAGAGUAGAAUUGCUAAAUUUCAAGGUAUGUAAAUGUUCAAAACUAGUCAAUCAUAUCAAAUUUUUUGAUGUGUUCGUGUCAAAUUAUUAUAAA